ACCAACGUUCACAACAUGAGGAGCUUUAAAAAGGGGAAAUGUUGUUCUAAUCAGACUGUAACAUCAGUCAGUGGAUCCUCCUGCAGACUCAACACAACAACGUCUGCAGCUCAGAGGCUGCUGAUCAGCACAGACGAGAUGAAGGUUCUUCUGGUCGUCUCCGUCAUGUUCGCUCUCCUCCAUCUGGGGCAACAUGAACCUUGUAACUCUCCACUUGACAACAAUGCGUACAACAAAUUUGUGAAGAAACACAUCGUUCAUACGGCCUUUGACAGAACAUCAACCACUAAAUGGCAGAAGUACAUAGACAAGAAAAAGCUCUGCGACAUUAAGAGAUCGAAGCAGACCUUCUUCGAGAAGAAGGAUCAGGAAACAGUCAACGCGAUCUGCAUCAACGGGGGCACUCAGGUACAGGCCAGCUACCAGCCAGAAGAUCCGAACCUAAAGAACUUAUGCAUCAGUAAUACUGAGAUGAAUAUGACUUUAUUGAAAAUCAACAACAAUUGCAAGGUUACAUCGGCUACUCAGGAAUGUAAAAAAGUGAUCGUGGGUUGUAAUAAAUUCGACAAAGGGUGCCUUCCUGCACACUUUGAGAAAAAUAAAGGGCAAAAAUCAAAUGGUAAGAAGUGCAGUGGAGGCCGAGUUUCUGGACUUGUUUAACGUUGGAUCCCAGUCGUCGGCCCGUUGUUGAGCUGACAGCUAAAACCUCUUUCAGGCUCAUAGUUGAAGCCUUCAUGCUUUUAUACUCUGUGUGAAAUGUCUGAUUGUGACACUUGCUGAUAAUGAUCCACAUCAACAGGCUGCAUGUCUACAUGACUCACUUUUCCACCAUGAGUUGACUUUGUAUUUGUCUCCCUUCAGCUUCGCAAGCUUUCUUCCUGCAUUAAACAUGUGAACUUGCAGCAUCAUCAUUGCUGCUCCAAACUGUCUGUAGCAGCUCAGAAAUAAAAGCAUUCAGUAAAAACGUC